AUGAAAUUGUUUUUUGAAGAAUACUCAAAUCCUAAAGAAAGUAAUCCAAUAAUCAAAUUUGUAGCUUUAUCAAAGAAUCCGAAUAUAUUGGACAUUCUUUUUAAAUAUGGUUAUAGCUUUGAAAAAUAUUCAGACAUAUGUAAGUUUAAGAUCAAAGAUGCUUUAAGAGCUGCAAUGAAAAAUGUGCCAACUUUUGAAAUUCUUCUCAAGAAAUAUUGUGAAUCAAUUCUAGAAAAAGAUUCAAGAUUGGUUAUAGAUGCUUUUAGAUGUGCGAGUAACUCUGCACUUCGUUUACUUCUUGAUGCAAAGUUUAAUCCAUCAUAUAUGACAGAAGAUCACAGAACACCAAUAUCUUUGGCAUGUGCCAUUCGUAAUGUUGAAGCAGUCAAAAUAUUGGCAGAAGUUACUGAAGAUGUUGAUAUUCCACCAGAUAUCAAGGCACCUGCUGCUGUUAGGGUUGUACAAACUGGCACGCCUGCUGGCACACCUUUUUUGGCCAGCUGGCACGAUUUUUUUAAAAAACACAUUAAAAAAGUCACUUUUUGCCCCAUCUAA